UUUGAGGUGCCUGUCUUAAAAUACUUUGCUGCCCUCGUUGUUGCCGGAUUUCUCUAAGCUUUCGUUUGGGGUCCGCUCAUAAUCGCCUUAUUUUGUUUUGUUUUCCCUGCCGGCCCAGUUAAGGGGCACGGCUGAAAGAUAGUGCUGAGUGAGCCAGGACCGGAGCAAUGAAUUUGGAAUUACUCGAAUCCUUUGGACAGAACUACCCAGAGGAAGCAGAUGGCACGUUGGAUUGCAUUAGCAUGGCCCUCACCUGCACAUUUAAUAGGUGGGGAACUCUUCUUGCUGUGGGAUGUAACGAUGGUCGUAUUGUUAUAUGGGACUUCCUAACGCGGGGCAUUGCUAAGAUCUUAAGUGCUCACAUUCAUCCGGUGUGCUCUCUAUGCUGGAGCAGAGAUGGUCAUAAGCUUGUGAGUGCCUCUACCGAUAACAUAGUAUCUUUGUGGGAUGUCUUGUCUGGAGAUUGUGAUCAGCGGUUUAGAUUUCCUUCCCCCAUUCUUAAAGUUCAGUUUCACCCCCGUGAUCAGGAUAAAGUUCUAGUGUGUCCCAUGAAAUCUGCUCCUGUUAUGCUAACACUGUCAGACUCCAGCCACGUCGUCCUACCUGUAGAUGAUGACUCUGAUCUUAAUGUAGUAGCAUCUUUUGAUCGGAGAGGAGAGUAUAUCUAUACAGGAAAUGCCAAAGGGAAGAUUUUAGUGUUGAAAACGAACACCCAGGAUUUGGUGGCAUCUUUCCGUGUUACAACUGGGACCAGCAACACAACUGCUAUAAAAUCCAUAGAGUUUGCACGGAAGGGCAGCUGUUUCUUGAUAAAUACAGCAGACAGAAUAAUUCGAGUGUAUGAUGGACGAGAAAUACUUACUUGUGGAAGAGAUGGGGAGCCAGAGCCUAUGCAAAAACUUCAAGAUUUGGUGAACAGAACUCCUUGGAAGAAGUGCUGCUUCUCUGGAGAUGGGGAGUAUAUCGUAGCAGGCUCUGCACGGCAACAUGCACUCUACAUUUGGGAAAAGAGCAUUGGAAAUCUGGUGAAGAUCCUGCAUGGGACGCGUGGUGAAUUACUGCUAGAUGUUGCUUGGCAUCCUGUUCGACCAAUAAUUUAUAAUAUUGAUAGUCCAUUCACUGCUCACACUAAACAGUACACAAUGUUCCAUGUCAAACCCCCCUUGCUUGGGGUCUCAUUCCACCCGUAUGCUCUGGAGCUCAAAGGCUGCCAAAUCCUCAGACAUGCCUUUCUCAGCAUGAAGGAAAAUUGGAGUGCAUUUGCACCCGACUUUAAGGAGCUGGAUGAGAAUGUGGAAUAUGAGGAACGUGAAUCAGAGUUUGAUAUAGAAGAUGAAGAUAAGAGUGAACCUGAACAAACAGGAGGAGAUGCUGCUGAAGAUGAGGAGGUAGAUGUGACGAGCGUUGACCGUAUUGCUGCUUUCUGCAGCAGUGAUGAGGAACUAGAAGAUGCUAAGGCAUUACUGUACCUUCCAAUUGCACCUGAGGUAGAGGACCCUGAGGAAAACCCUUAUGGGCCUCCCCCAGAUACAGUUCAAAUGUCACUGAGUGAAGAUGGAGCUGGAGCAGAAAAGAAGCGUCAGGCUUCCUCAGAUGGAGGUCAGCCACCAAAAAAGAAGCCAAAGACCACAAUGAUUGAAUUGCAAGGAGUGCCUAAUGAUGAAGUUCAUCCUCUACUGGGUGUUAAGGGGGACAGUAAAUCCAAGAAGAAGCAGUCAGGACGACCUAAAGGAGCUAAAGGUAAAGAGAGAGACUCUCAAUUAAAUCCGAAAACCUGCAAGGGUGACAGGGGCAUGUCUCUGGAUGCUGCAAUGAAAGGCAAAGCUCAGAAUGAGCUGCCACAAGUACUGACAGGAGGUGGUGCCAUUUCUGAGCUCCUGUGAACUAUGCCUGAUUCUUGAAAAUCUGCAUUAUUUGUCAUCAAGUUCCUGUUAAAUUUGGACUGAUUAAUUCCAGUGACAAUAAAUGGGAUAUUCUCAUUAACAUUUUGUGUUAGAACAAGGAUCAAUAGAAUCCUUGUGUUUUUAAUAACACCUACUUUUAAUAUAUGAAGCUGUUCUGCAAAUGUAUCAGUUAUAUUGGAUACAUUGAAACCAUGUUUCCUGCCUUGCUUUGCCAGAAGGAACACAUUCUUCCAGUUUUACUUUGACACCAGUUGACCGUUUCUUGGAUAUUUCCUGAGCUUCAUACAAGUGGAAUAUCUGUAAGGCUCUCUUUCCUGAACUUAGCCA